AUGGCACCUGAAGUUUCUAGCGAUCGCUCAUAUAAUACAAAGGCUGAUGUCUAUAGUAUUGGCAUUUUUGUGGAGGAGUUGUUUAACAUUGAUAUUAAUACAUCAACGAAAUAUCCCGGAUUAAAUGAGGUGGUUGCCGCUAUGUUGAUUUAUUUAUACAAUAAACGGCCGAAUUGCAGUGAUAUAUUGACCAUGAUCAAACAACCUAAUAUAAUCAUAUUCCUCACCGGUUGA